UCCACUGCCUACGCAGCGUGCUGACCUACGGUGGGCGUAACUGGGACCGGAAGAAGCGUGUGCGAAUCCGGAAGUGGGAUUGCAGCUGCAGGAGAGAGUGGAUUAUUCCUGGGAAGAUCUGUAAAUUGUGUGUUGCUGUGUCGGAAGAAGACGGAACUGCUUUCCAGGCUGACAUAGAAUCCUGUGUUAUGGCUUCUGUGGUUGAUCUGAAGUCUAAGGAAGAGAAGGAUGCUGAGCUGGACCGAAAGAUUGAAGCCCUGCGCAAGAAGAAUGAAGCCUUGGUGAAGAGACAUCAGCUGAUUGAGGAGGACCGUAAAAGGGCAGAGCAAGAGGGCAUGGCUGUGACCACUCCAAGGAAAGUCAAAAUUCCAGAUGGCGAGCCAGACAAAGCACGGAAAGAAAAGGAGAAUUUCUCAAUAACACUAGAUGUAUCUCCUGGGGAGAAAAGAACUGUAAGUGAUAGUAAAUCCCCUCGAGGCUCACACACCCCUACUCGUACCGAAACCUCUCCAAAAAGCCCCACUCAAAGGACAAGUGGCCGAACAGGAGCUCGCGCAGGAGGGCGGAGCCCACAUUUUGACAGACCAGGAGAUCCUUUAAAAAUAGAUGGUGACUACACCCACACACCUGAAAGGCCAGCAAGAGGUAGGAGGAGCCAAGGUGCAGAAGGGCCAAGGGGAAGUCCAUGGGUAGCUAAAGAAGGCCCUCCAGUAGACAAGUGGGCGGCGAUUCCUAGAGGUGGAGGAGGCGCACCCAGAGGAAGAGGUGAAGGCACACCUGGAAGAGGUGAAGGAGGAAGAGGGGAAGGCACAGCUGGAAGAGGUGAAGGAGGAAGAGGUGAAGGCACACCUGGAAGAGGUGAAGGAGGAAGAGGUGAAGGCACACCUGGAAGAGGUGAAGGAGGAAGAGGUGAAGGCACACCUGGAAGAGGUGAAGGAGGAAGAGGUGAAGGCACACCUGGAAGAGGUGAAGGCACACCUGGAAGAGGUGAAGGAGGAAGAGGUGAAGGCACACCUGGAAGAGGUGAAGGCACACCUGGAAGAGGUGGUGGUCAUGGUGGAAACCUAGAGGGAACUGACAGAAAGGUCAAGGAAUGGGAGGAAAAAAGAAAGCAGAAUAUAGAAAAGAUGAACGAGGAGAUGGAAAAAAUUGCAGAGUAUGAAAGAAGCCAAAGGGAUGGAGUAAGAGAUAUAAAUCCAAUACGCAACUUUCUCGAUGACCCUAGAAGGACAGGUCCUAUUGUAGAGGUCGACAGAAAGGAGGGCAGCCGCAGGCACAUCAGAAACUGGGGAGGCCCUGAUUUCGAGAAGGUGAAAACUGGUAUGGACCGGGAGAAGGAAAGCCAUGUGAGAAGACCCCAAGGAAGAAAUCAAAUGGAUAUGACCUUGUCAAUGACAGGCAGAGAGAGGGCAGAAUAUAUGCGCUGGAAGCAAGAGCGGGAACGGAUCGAUCAAGAGAGACUGGAACGACAUCGAAAGCCUACCGGCCAGUGGAAGAGAGAGUGGGAUGCAGAGAAAACGGACACUAUGUUUAAAGAAGGAUCCACCCCUCCUAUAGAGGAGGACGAACCAAUGGGCAGAAGAGACCAAGGAAAGAAAGGUGCUCCGAAGCCCCCUACUAUGGCAGAGUUUCUUCCCAGGAACUUACAAAGCUCAGGACAAAAGAGAGAUCAGAAUAGAGGCCGAGGGAGGAACAAACCAUACAGCAUGCAUGACAGUCGUUGGGAAGAAGAUGAGGAGGAAGAAGCAGAUGAAAAAGAAAAGACCUUACCUGUGGAGGAUAAAGAGAAGGAGACGUGUGUGGAGAAAACGGAAGAAAAAAAAGUCGAGGGUCAACAGAAAAGUACAUCUAUAGGCCAUAACCUCAGAAUGGAUGAAAAUAAUGAUGAAUUAAAACAUGACAAGGAAGAAGAGGAAUUUGAAGAGGGUGAUGAAGAAGAAUGGACUGAUGCUAGUGGUGAUGAAGAUGAUGAUGAAGUAGAUGAGGAUGGUUCAGAAGUUGAGGAGGACUCCAUCGAAGAGGCUGCCAAAGCUUCUCCCGCACCUCCAAAAGAGCAAAGGCUACCUCAGCAGAUGGAGACCCCCAAACUAACAAUGCCUCCAGCCAAUGUGAACACCAACGAAGAAGCUGUGGAGUCCAAACCCUCCAGCCCAUUCUCCCCAGAAGGGUACAGGCCAGUGACUGACUGGGGAGAGGAAAUGGAACAGCUGUCACCUCCAGGAAGCAGCAAUGAGGACAGUCCUCCUCAAGCCGUUAAUAGGAAGGUGAUCAGCGUGGACUCAAGAUCUCACUCAGACAGCGCUCAAAACUCCAGUUUGGAUCCAGAAGGCGCUGUGGCGUCCUGUGUAGAAUCCAGUUCAUUGCAAUCCCCUGAGGUCCAUACAGACCAAAAACAAAAACCUGUUGAAGAGUCCCCAGGAGGUGAGCUAUUGCCAGGUGCUCCAACGCUUCCUCUGGAGAGAGAUCCUGACAGCAGUAUAAAUCACGGUGAGAGAUUGGAAGAGAUUUCAGCAGUCCCAGCAGAGACCUCAUUAGCUGUAGAAGAGACUUCCCAAGUGCAAGAACAGAGUUCCCCAGCCACAGAAGAGGCUCUGCCAGUGAAAGAAGAGCCCACCCCGCUGGCAGAAGACCUGGAGGGAACCGUAAAAGCAGUGCACAUUGCUGACUUUGAGACGCAGAGUACGGAGAUACCACAGUCAUCCUGACCACCUUGACCACUUACCUUCAGCAUACAUUUCUCUCUGUACGGGAUGUCAUACUACAAGCUUGAAAACUUAUGUUCCAUUUCGCUACAGUAUUAACUGCUUCAGAUCUCCUGCUUGUCCAUAUGAUUGGUAAUUCUACGAGACAGGUUCUCUUGCUGUUUGGAUCUCUGCACUACAAAUAUUCUGUCCUGCCUUGCAAGAAAACAGCAUCCAUUAAUACUGAAGGCUAUUUAUCUUGAAAAAAAA